ACUUGAACAUAUAUAGAUCUAAAACUAUAUAUAAACAAUCAGAGAUAUCGAGGAUAAAAUGAAUGUCUUUGGUAUGAUGCUAGGGCCAUCCAGGUAUAUGGUACCAAGAAUGGCAUCAAGUAAUAUAUUAUCCAUAACAGCAUCCAGAUCAUUGUCGUCAUCAUUAGUUAACCAAGGUCCUAGAAGUGACAAAUAUUGGAAGCUUCUUAAAUAUGUUAAACCAAUAGACAAAACCGUAUACAGUGCAGGUGAAGCUAUUCCUAAGGGAGUCAGACUUGCAAAAACAAAAAAGAUGUAUCCAGAUUAUGAAUAUGAACCAACAUUUUUUAAACGUCAAAAUCGAGGAUUAUUUGGUGGUUUACAAAGAAAGAGAUCAAAGAAUUGUAGUACCAAGGGGUUUAAUAAGACAUUAAGAGAACAUUUACCUAAUAUUCAAAGGGCUAAACUAUGGUCCGAAACUUUGAACAAAAGUCUUAGUUUAAAAGUCAGUACAAAAGUAUUAAAAACUAUUACUAAAGAAGGUGGUUUAGAUAGCUAUCUUUUAAAAGAUAAACCAGCUAGAAUUAAGACCCUUGGUGUAUUGGGUUGGAAAUUAAGGUAUGAUGUUAUGAAGAGACAAGAGAAAAAUCAAUUACCAAAGACAUCCAAUUAUCAAGUGCAAUAUAUUCAUAAAGAUGGUAAACAAAUCAAGGUGGGGAAAUAUAAAUUAUUGGAUAUUUUAUACGACUAUGUUAGAAGAGACUCUUAUUAUCCAAUUAAGAUUGUCGAUUUUAAAAAGGCACACUAUCACCUCACCAUUGAAGAAGUUGUUGAGAAAUUAGAAUCAUAUUCUUAUGAUUUUACUCCUGUUAUUGUUAAUCCAAGAACCCAACAAGGAGUUGAAGCCAAUGAAGCCAAAGAUGCAAGAGAAUUACAAGCCUAAUUUAAACUUGUCUAACGUAAUCCUACCUUAAACACAAACAUAAACAUAAACAUUCAUUCAACUAUGUAAAUAGAUCAUAUAAUUUGAAAGCAUUGUCAUUAUCAUUCAUACAUUUCUUGUAUAUUUAACUUUAAUAUAUUAAACCAUAUUAUAUAUAAAA